UACUUGGAAAUUCAUUUGUUUUUUGUAUGUGUGAAAGCAAAGAUGCGCCACUGACUGACUGCCACACGGGCCACACAUGGAUGGCAGAUGCAGUUAGUUCCUGGCCAAAACUAUGUUCCGAAAUGUUUCAAAUAAAUCCUAGAUUCGAUUUAAAAUCUUGAGCAUUCGAUGGCUUAAAAGUGAAUUUUGCUGUUUUCGAACCUUCCAACUGGACAUCUUUUGGAAUCUACAUCGACACGCUGCUUGAAUAUUAAAUAUCAGAAAUAUUGGGAAUAUUGAGAGUUUCCAAAUAAUAUAAAAACAGUAAUUUUAAUGAGACGCCAAAGCCGCUGGCUGCCGCCUGUCAACAGCUGAACGGCGAGGGAGCGAACAGCAGGGGGGAGGGGGUAGGAGGCGCCGCCUCUCUGGCCCAAAAAAAGAGGCGCACGCAGCACUCGACCCUCGGUUGGCGGUCGAGUCAAUCAACAGAGGACUGCUCCACCAGCCACCAGCUCCUGGUCUCAUCAUUCACUGGACAACAACAACAUCAUCAUCGCCAUCGCCAUCGCCCUCAUCGCCCUCAUCAUGGUCACGAACAUGUCGCAGCCGCAUUAUUGCGGCACUGCCAUCGAUGAUUUCCACACAAACUACAAGUAUUUCCAUGGCUACUUCUCGCUGAUUGUCUGCCUGCUGGGAACGAUAGCCAACACGCUGAACAUCAUUGUACUGACCCGCCGCGAGAUGCGCUCCCCGACGAACGCGAUACUCACGGGCCUGGCGGUGGCAGACCUUGCGGUGAUGCUCGAGUACAUACCCUACACGAUCCACGACUACAUCUUGAGCGCCCGCCUGCCGCGGGAGCGGCAGCUGAGCUACGAGUGGGCCUGCUUCAUCAAGUUCCACUCGGUGUUCCCCCAGGUGCUGCACACGAUCUCCAUUUGGCUGACGGUCACCCUCGCGGUGUGGCGCUACAUAGCCGUCAGCUAUCCGCAGAGGAAUCGCAUCUGGUGCGGCAUGCGGACGACGCUGAUAACCAUUGCCACGGCCUAUGUGGUGUGCGUGCUGGUGGUGUCGCCGUGGCUGUACCUCGUCACGGCCAUUGCGAAGUUCCUGGAGACGCUCGACGCGAGCGGCAAGACGGUCCACUCGGUGCCGCUGAGCCAGUACAUUCUGGACUACAAUCGCGAGGAGGACACCGUCACGAUGCAGGUGAUGUCCAGCACGACGCCGGAGAUCUCUUGGAUGCAGCACAGGGGCUACAGCAACGCCUCGCUCACCACGGUGGUGCCUCUGACGACGACCACGACGGCAGCGGGGGACCUGCCCGGGGUGCGAAACGUCACCGUGUUCAAGCUCUACCACAGCGCCCUCGCGCUGCACGACCGCCAGCUGAGGAACGCCACGUUCCUCAUCUACAGUGUGCUCAUCAAGCUGAUACCCUGCUUCGCCCUGACGGUGCUCUCCGUGCGGCUCAUUGGCGCCCUGCUGGAGGCCAAGCGGCGGCGCAAGGUGCUCGCCUGCCACGCGGCCAGCGACAUGCAGCCGAUCGUCAACGGCAAGGUCGUCACGCCCACGCCCACGCCCAAGAGCUGCAAGCUCCUCGAGAAGGAGAAGCAGACGGAUCGCACCACGCGCAUGCUGCUGGCGGUGCUGCUGCUCUUUCUGAUCACGGAAUUUCCCCAGGGUAUCAUGGGUCUGCUGAACGCCCUCCUGGGGGACGCCUUCUUUCUGCAGUGCUACCUGAAGUUGAGUGACCUGAUGGACAUUCUGGCCCUGAUCAACUCCAGCAUCAACUUCAUUCUCUACUGCUCGAUGAGCCGGCAGUUCCGCACCACCUUCACCCUGCUGUUCCGGCCCCGCUGGCUGGAGCGAUGGCUGCCCCUGUCGCAGCACGACGCCGAUGGCCGCCACGGCGGGCAGCGGGAGGGGGGCGGCAGGCAGCGACUGCUCCACACGGACGCCGUGAGCAAGAGCAUGGCCAUCGAUCUGGUGGGUCUCACGACGCAGGUGACAAAUGUGUAGCACGAGAGCAGCGGCCGCGCCAACACUGCAUCGGCCACAGCACCAGGGGGUGGGGGUGGGGGAUGUGGUGUGGCUGCAGCCAAUGACAUCAGUAUGGUGGAGAUGUUGAACAGGGAACAGCCCCAGCCCCAGCCCCCGCCGCAGCCCCCGCCCGCGCCCGCGCCCAAGGGGACUGCCGCCAGCGCCCGCCGGAGACAGCGCCGUGGCAGUGGCAAGUGCAUUUGGCCCUCGACCGAGUGGCUGCGCAAGCUGAGAGCCAACCGAACGCUCUCGGCGGCCGCGGGGAGCAGCGAGGAGCAGCUGGAUCCGCAGCCGCAGCGGCGCAGCAGUGUCCUGUUGAUGGUCCUGCUGCACAGCUCGUCCACCGACGAAAUGAAGGCCAAGGCGGUGCUCGUCAACGAGGAGCAGCAGCCGCGCGACGACCAGCCACAAAUCCAUCCGCAGGACGACGUCGAGGAUGCCAUCGAUGCUCUGUGGCUGUAAGCCACCCCCUCCCCCGCCCCCUUAGAUUAAGUAAUACCUAAUUAAUAACUAAUAUUUAGAUAAAGACCAACAAAAAUAAAAAAAAAUGGUUUUCUAUUGCUGCUUCCAAGCCCCACCGCCUCCCGCCACUCCCCCCCGGCAGUGCAGUUGCGGAUCGAGAGCCCCUUUCCGCAUCGGCCUGGCCUUUCGGGGGGGGGUGUG